UUGAAAUUGAGAGAAAGGAAAACUGCUCCUGUGAUUGCAGACAUGAAAGUUUCAUGGCUUCUGCUGCCAUGCUUCUUCCUCUUCGCUUGGGGAGAAACACGCUACUAUGAUUUCAUAGUAAGCUCGACUCCUUACACUAGACUAUGCAGCACCAAGAAGAUCUUGACAGUAAACGGGCAGUUCCCUGGACCAACCAUAUAUGCUAAUAAAGGAGACAUAGUGGUCGUGGAAACCUACAACAGAGCGCAGUAUAAUAUCACCCUUCAUUGGCAUGGAGUGAAGCAGCCAAGGAAUCCAUGGUCGGAUGGUCCGGAAUACAUCACGCAGUGUCCAAUCCCACCAGGUGGGAGCUUCAAGUACACCAUCAUCCUUAGCAAUGAAGAAGGUACUGUGUGGUGGCAUGCUCAUAGCGACUGGUCCCGCGCCACUGUCCAUGGAGCCAUCGUUGUGCACCCACAGCUUGGAACCAUCUACCCCUUCACUAAGCCUGACCGUGAGGUUCCCAUCAUACUAGGGGAAUGGUGGAAGGAAGAUAUAAAUGAGGUAUUAGCGUUGGGAUUAAUAACCGGUGCUGACUUCAACGUUUCUGAUGCCUUCACCAUAAAUGGACAACCGGGAGAUCGGUAUCCUUGCUCAAAGCAAGGAACUUUUCGACUUCUGGUUGAGCAUGGCAAGUCCUACCUCCUCCGCAUCGUCAACGCUGCCCUGAAUGAUGAAUUCUUCCUCGCCAUUGCCAAUCACAAGCUCACAGUAGUCGGCACCGACGGCGCCUACACCAAGCCACUCCAGGCUCAGUAUAUCAUGAUAACACCAGGGCAGACCAUGGAUGUCCUACUAGAGGCAAACCAACCUCCAAAUCUUUAUUACAUGGCCGCUAGAGCUUUCUCAGAUGGAGUUGGUGUUCCCUUUGAUAACACCACUGCCACUGCCAUUGUAGAAUACUCCAACUACACUCUUCCUCACUCAACUGCACCAUCCCCCAUCUACCCACAACUUCCAUAUUACAAUAACACUCUAGCAGCCUUCAACUUCACCCAAAGACUAAGAAGCUUGGCCUCUGGUGACCAUCCCAUUGAGGUCCCUCUGAAAGUAGACACCCAUCUUGUAUACUCAGUCUCAGUUAACACAUUUCCUUGCCCUCAAAAUUCAUGUGGAGGACCCAAUGGGAGUAGGUUUGCUGCCAGCAUCAACAACAUAUCCUUUGAGACACCUCAGAUUGACAUACUUGACGCUUACUACGCCGGAAUCCGGGGUGUUUUCCGCAAGAAUUUUCCGAGCUUUCCUCCAUACAUCUUCAACUUCACUGCUGACAGUUUUCCAAUGGUGCUAGAGAUACCAAAGCCAGGGACCAAGGUGAAGGUUCUCAAGUAUGGUGAAUGUGUUGAGCUUGUGUUUCAAGGGACCAACUUGGUCGCCGGCGAGGAUCAUCCCUUGCACUUACAUGGGUUCAGCUUCUAUGUGGUUGGGAGUGGGUUUGGAAACUAUGAUCCUGUGAAGGACCCACUUGAGUAUAAUUUGGUGGAUCCUCCCUCUAAGAACACAGUGAGUGUGCCCAGGAAUGGAUGGGUCGCCCUUCGGUUCAUAGCUGACAACCCAGGUGUGUGGUUUAUGCAUUGCCACUUGGAGCGUCACCUCAGUUGGGGAAUGGAUGCCGUUUUCAUAGUCAGAGAUGGAGAAUCCCCCGACGAACGCCUGCUCCCUCCUCCCCCCAACAUGCCCAGAUGCUGAUGAUCAACUUACUAUCUUUAGAUGCUUCUUUAUCAAUAAAGAUGCUGCGUGUGCAGUAGUUGAACAAGUAUUUUCUUUUUAGUUGUGUUUCUCUUCAACUUUUUAGAGACAACAUUUCUAUUGUGAAACACUCGCUGGCAGUGUCAUGUUUCUCGGUUUUGACCGAAUUAAAGUUUCUAAA